AUGACGACCCCUACAAAAGAAGGCUACGAACCGCUGCCACUCUACGACGCCCAGCUGCCUCCGUACCCCACGCUUCCAUCCACGUCCGGACACCCGCCUCAGGAGGCCGUGGACCCACCAGAUGCACCCCGCGAACGCGCCACGUCCGCAGAGGCUCCCCGCACACGCAGAGACACCGACGUCCGUGCUGCCUUUGCCCGCUUCCUCGUGGUGCUCCUUGGUGCUGCCAGCUAUGCAAUCAAUGUCGCCAUUACUGCCGCCAGUGAUGCCAUUGUUGUCAUCUGCAGCUUCCUCGUGGCGCUCUUUACAACCGCCACCGGUUUUGUUGAGGGGCUCAGUGCGAGCCCUGUGAAGUUCGUCGUGGUGGCGGUCAUGGCAGUGGCACUUGUGUACGCGAUCGCGUACGGUGUGUUGCCGCUGUACGAGGCAUUCUCCCGUGGCAGACGUUGA